AUGCAGCUACUGGGAAAGCUGGAGAUUAAAUCUCCGGAACGGAUUGCCCGUUUCCUCAACACCGAGCAUGUGGGCAGGAUUGCCACCAUGGACGAGCGCGGCUACCCGCAGGUAAUUCCCAUGAACUUUGUGUUCCUUGACGGGUUCAUCUACCUGCACUCGCAUAUCAGGGGCGAGAAGCUGGACAACAUAAGGCGAAACCCAAAGGCGGGAUUCGAGGUGGACCGGGAGCUGGAGUUUCUGCCCUCGUACUUUGAGGAUCCCCACGACGCCUCCCUGGCAGACACCCUGUACGUCAGCGUGGUGAUCAAGGGGGCGGCGCACAUCGUAUCUGACCUCGCCGAAAAGUCCCGGGCUCUAAACGGCCUGAUGGAGAAGUACCAGCCGGAGGGCGGAUACACCCCCAUCACUCCGCCGAUGUCCGUGCUGGAUCACGUGGCCGUAAUACGCGUAUCCCCCGUGUCCGUCCGGGGAAAGUACAAGAUAGGCCAGACGCUUGCGGCGCGGGCCCGAACGGAGCUUGCAGAGAAGAUCCUCAAGCGCUCAAGCCAGACCGCCGAGGAGACGCUGAAGGUGAUGGGGUUUGCGGUUGCAGGCGGCAAGCUUGAGAUGAUCGACGAGCCGGUCUGGUGA